AUGCCAAAAAUGUCAUUUUCAAAACCUCAUGUGGUACAAUUAGAAGACUUCGACAAAGCAGACGACACCUAUUCCUCGGCCUCAGGAACCAUCUCUCCACAACACAAUCACACACAGGGCUUUAAAGGACACUGGGAUUCCUUCAUUGAUGGAUUUCAACGAGCUCCACCCACAGCCAACCAAGGUGACGAUCGAAAAAAGGCCAUUUCCAAAAACGAAUUACGAUUAAUGUCAUUGUCGACGGGGUUGGGUACGGGGCUAUUAGUGGCAGCUGGUGAUAAAUUGCGUAUGGCUGGUCCUGCUGGUGUCUUGAUUGCUUAUGCUAUAACGGGGUUGGUUAUGCUUGUGCCGACGAUUUCAUCAGUGUCAGAAUUAUCGAUUGCCUACCCUGGUUUACCUGGUGGGUUCCAAUCCUACUAUUCCAAAUUUAUCGAUGACUCACUAGGAUUUUCUUUAGGUUGGGGUUAUGCUUUCCAAUGGUGUUGUGUUAUAUCAUUGGAGUUGGUGACGGCGGCAAUGACGAUCAAGUUUUGGACCUUAUCUGUGAAUCCCGAU